AUGCUGCACUGGCGUUUCUCCAUCUCUGCGUCGCCAACAGGGGCGCCCAUCCAGCAGCAGCAAGCAGUGUAUGUGGACAUUCCAGAGAGCCAAGACGCCGCGGUGCAGCAGUCUGCCGCCGCGCUCAUCCCGCAACUCAAGCCGCUGCUGGCGGGCGGCGCCGGGGGCAGCAGCGCCGCCAAAAAGGCAAAAAAGGGCUUUGGCGCCAAGACGGCAGGCGGCGGCGGGAACGGCGGGUACCAGCGUUUUGCCGUUGAGCUGCCUGUCGCGGACACCAGCCCGGCCGCGACCGCCGCGCUGGCGUUGGAGGUUUUGAAGCUGCUGCCGGGCGCGCCGGCCGCCUGGCAAAUAGUGUACGCCGACCCGGCGGCUGCGGCCGCGGCGGCGCGGGCGGGCCAGGCGCGGGCGCAGCCCCUCCGGGACGCGUGCCGUGCGGAGGCGCUGGGCGGCCCGCUGCUGAUCGUGUCACCGACGAUUGCAGAGGUGGCCCUGGUGGAGCAGCUAGUGCAGGAGGUCUGGUCGGGGCCCUGCGCCGUGGCGCUCAACCCCUCCUGGGGCGAGGGCGUGCCGCGCGAGUACGAGGCGGUGGUGCGGUCCUUCGAGGUGGCCUACAGCUUCAUGCCUGUUGCCAUCAAGGGGCUGGUGGGCGGGCAGGAGGGUGCUGUGCUGCGGCGGACUGCCAAGGGCGGGUCGCUGGCGGGCGUGCCCUGGCAGAUCUUGACAGUGCAGCGGGACGGCCGGUUCCUGCAGGUGGGCCAGAUGAAGACGCGGCCGAAGCAGAGCGACCUGGAGCUGGCGUUCAUGAACGCGUCCGCUGCGUCCAGCCCCAUCACGGGCGCUGUGCGGUCGGCCAAGUCCAUUCUGGACCGGGUGCGCGGGGCUGGCAAGCAGCAGUGA